AUGGAUACUAGUUGGAUUGACUUACGAAAAGGGGAUGCCGGUUAUUAUAAUGGUUGCAUGGAAUUUUUAGAGGUUGCGAAGGACACUCUUUUAGAGGGAAUUACUCGAUGCCCAUGUAAUAAAUGCAAGUUAAAUAAACUAUAUCCCUUAGAAGAGGUAGGAGGACACAUUUUAUUUAACGGUUUUUAUAAGAACUAUAGACAAUGGAUUUUCCAUUGUAAAGAUGAAGAGAGUAAUACCUUAGAGAUCCAUAGUGAUCAAGCAAAGGUAGUAGGUCGAGAUGAUAUGGAUGGGUUACUAGGAGCAGCUUUCACGGUUGACAAUAGUGCACAAACCACCAACGAACCCCAAGACCCAUCAUUAAGUGAAGAAAUUUUUGAAGAUGAAGAUUUGUAUAACAUGCAUGAAGAGUUAAAUUUUGAUUGUGAGGAAGAUGAUGAAUUUCCACCAAACAACACCAAUGAAGAAGAAGCGAAGUAUAAACGACUAAGGGAAACUUCUGAUGAGGGUUUAUAUGAGGGGUAUACAACUUUCUCAAAGUUGUCGUUUCUGUUGCACUUGUUUCACCUCAAGUGUAUGCUCCAUUGGUCUGCCACAUCAUUUAAUAAGUUUCUUGAACCUCUAUUAAACCCAUUUUCUAAUAUGAAGGAGUUUCCUUCGUCGUAUUAUGAAGGCAUGAAGAUAAUGAAGGAUUUGGGUUUGGGUUACGAGAAAAUCCAUGCAUGUCCAAAUGAUUGCAUGUUAUAUUGGGGCGAUAUUGCAGAAAAAAGUGAGUGUCAUAUCUGUCACACAUCAAGGUGGAAAAAUGUGAAAGAAAAUGAGGGCGAGAUAAGUGAGAAUUUUAAAGAAACAGGUAAGAAGGGCGUUCCAGCUAAAGUAAUGCGGUAUUUUCCUCUCAUCCCUAGACUAAAGAGGCUUUACAUGUCUUCUAAAACAACAGAGGACAUGAGAUGGCAUUUUGACCGCAAGGAUGAAAAGAUCAUAAGUCACCCAGCAGAUAGUGAAGCUUGGAAAAAAUUUGAUCAAAGAUAUGAGGAAUUCGCCAAAGACCCUCGUAGUGUUAGAUUGGGUCUAGAAAGUGAUGGUUUUAAUCCAUAUCGUUUGAUGAAUACUAGUUACAGUACAUGGGCAGUGAUCCUGAUUCCUUAUAAUUUGCCACCAUGGCUUUGUAUGAAGUCAACGUCAUUCAUUUUGUCUUUGAUCAUUCCUGGUAAGUUUGGUCCUGGUAUGUAUAUUGAUGUGUAUUUGCGACCACUAAUCCAUGAGUUUAAAUUGUUGUGGGAAGGUGUAGAUGCCUUUGAUGAUCAUAGUGGAAAAAGUUUUAAAAUGCGAGCAGCGUUACACUCCACUAUAAAUGACUUUCCGGCAUAUGCUAUGUUGUCCGGUUGGAGUACGAGAGGUUAUAAAGCGUGCCCUUCUUGUGUUGAUUCUGGUUGUGCGUAUAGUUUCGGUGGUAAAAUUUUCUACCCUAGAGCUCAAAAAUGGUUACCAAUUGAUCAUCCUUAUCGUUCUCAAGCAAACGUAUUCGAUGGGAAAGAGGAAUAUGGUCUUGCUCUGGUUCCCCCAAGCGGGACAGAAGUUUUGAAGCAACAAGAAAAAGUUAAGUAUGUUUAUGGAAAGUCAAAAAGUGUUCCUAAAAGAAGAGGGAGACAAGAGGAUGAUGAAAUUGACGACGAUGAUGAUGAUGAACAAGAUGAUGUCGUUCUGUGGAAAAAGAAAAGAACACUUUUAGGUAUGGAGAAGAGUAAAGAUGAUAAUAAUGCUAGACUAGCCCUUAAAGCGCGGAACAUAAAAUCUCAUCUUUGGCCCGAAUCUCAUCCAAAUCGUGUUAAGGACUAUUUGCCUCCGGCUGCAUACACCGUGUCUAAAGAAGAGAAAGAACGAUUUUUGAAUGUCCUACAAAAUCUUAAAGUUUCUGAUGGAUAUGGAUCUAAUUUGCAAAGAGCAUCAAAUGCCACAAAAGUAACUUAUUUGCUUGAUGAAUUGUCGGAAUUUUUCAAGAAGAUAUUUUCAACUACUAUUGAAAGAAGUGAAUUAGAUACCAUUCAGUCGAGGCUUGUAUUGACUAUUUGUAAGAUGGAGAAAGAGUUUUUGCCAAUAUUUUUCACAAUCAUGGUGCAUCUACUAAUUCAUUUAGUGGAUGAGGUCAAACUCGGUGGACCUGUUCAUUAUAGGUGGAUGUAUGCCAUUGAGAGGUACUUGGCCUUUUUGAAAACUCGUGUAAGUAAUAAAGCGCAACCAGAAGGAUCCAUAACAGAAGGGUAUAUUUUAUGGGAGACAAUUGCAUUUUGUUCGAGAUAUCUAGAAAGUGUUGAGACCAUAUUCAACAGACCGAAGAGGAAAGAAGAUGGUUUUCCAAACAUCAAUAACUAUUUAUACUACUCUGGUGGUCGUGUAGUUGGGAUGAAAGAAAAUGUCCGUCUUGAUGACAAUAGUUUAAAGCAAGCACAUCGCUAUGUUUUGCUUCAUUCAGAUGAGACGAAACCGGCCAAUAACCUAGAUGAUAGCACGAAAGAAGGAAAAUUGAGAAAAGCCUUGGCAGGUGGUUUAAGAAAUCGCGGGAAAAGGAAGAAGAGCGUUAUUAUCAAUGGCUAUAAAUUUGACACGGUGGAUCGUGAGCGAUCUCGAAAGACUCAACAUUCUGGAAUUAUGGUAGAAGCUGACGGCCAAGAGUAUUAUGGAAAACUUAAAGAAAUAUUAGAAUUUGAUUAUUAUUGUUCUUUCAAGGUUCUAAUGUUCCGAUGUGAUUGGGUUGAUAUACGAAGGGGUUUCAAAACAUACCCGAGUGGCAGAGUUCGUGUUAAUUUCUCGAAGUUGAUGCACACUGGUCAAAAUUUGAAAGAUGAUCCAUUUAUUUUCUCUUCUCAAGCGAAACAAGUUUUUUACAUUGAGGAUGAGAUACAAAACGGAUGGUUUCAUGUUAUUAAGACUAAGCCUAGGGACUUGUUUGAUAUACCCGACGAUGAUGAUGAUGAUGAGUAG